AUGGUGACAGUAUUCACAGUGGCAAAAAAGGUUUGGUUUCUACUAAUCCUGCCAAGAUACGACUCAACGUGCAGCCCCGCCGUGUCCCGGGAGCCGUGUCCGCUCCGCGCCGGGCUCCGGCAGCGGCAGCGCGGAGUGCCGGGAGCCCGGAGUGCCGGGAGCCCCGAGUGCCGGGAGCCCGGAGUGCCGGGAGCCCGGAGUGCCGGGAGCCCCGAGUGCCGGGAGCCCGGAGUGCCGGGAGCCCCGAGUACCGGGAGCCCGAGUGCCGGGAGCCCCGAGUGCCGGGAGCCCGAGUGCCCGCAGCCCCGAGUGCCGGGAGCCCCGAGUGCCGGGAGCCCCGAGUGCCGGGAGCCCCGAGUGCCGGGAGCCCAGAGUACCGGGAGCCCGGAGUGCCGGGAGCCCCGAGUGCCGGGAGCCCGGAGUGCCGGGAGCCCCGAGUGCCGGGAGCCCGGAGUGCCGGGAGCCCGGAGUACCGGGAGCCCGGAGUACCGGGAGCCCGGAGUGCCGGGAGCCCCGAGUGCCGGGAGCCCGGAGUGCCGGGAGCCCCGAGUGCCCGCAGCCCCGAGUGCCCGCAGCCCGCAGCCCGGAGUGCCCGACCCCGCACCGCGGAGUGCCCGGCCCCGCAGCCCCCGGCAGGGUGGCCGAGACAAUCACCUCGGCCCGGACAACAGCAGCUCGCCCAACGCCAGCGCCCGCGGGCGCUCUGCGCAGGACGAGUUCACCACCAUCGUGCUGCCCGUGCUCUACCUCGUCAUCUUCCUGGCCAGCCUGCUGCUGAACGGCCUCGCCGUGUGGAUCUUCUUCCACAUCAGGAACAAAACCAGCUUUAUAUUUUACCUCAAGAACAUCGUGGUGGCAGACCUGCUCAUGACGCUGACGUUCCCGUUCAAGAUCAUCCAGGACUCGCGGCUGGGGCCGUGGCACUUCAACUCCUUCCUGUGCCGCUACACCACGGUGCUGUUCUACGCCAACAUGUACACCACCAUCGUCUUCCUGGGGCUCAUCAGCAUCGACCGCUACCUGAAGGUGGUGAAGCCCUUUGGGGACUCCAGGAUGUACAGCAUCACCUUCACCAAGAUCCUGUCGGCCUGCGUCUGGGUGGUGAUGGCGUUCCUGGCGCUGCCAAACCUGAUCCUCACCAACGGCUACCCCACCAAGAGAAACGUGGACGACUGCCUGAAGCUGAAGUCUCCCCUGGGAGUCAAGUGGCACUCGGCUGUCGUCUACAUCAACACCUGCACGUUCGUGGUGGUGCUGAUCGUGCUGAUAGGGUGCUACAUUGCCAUUUCCAGGUACAUCUAUAAAUCCAGCAAACAGUUCAUCAGCUCGUCCAGCCGAAAGCGGAAGCACAACCAGAGUAUAAGGGUGGUUGUGGCUGUGUUCUUCACCUGCUUUUUGCCCUACCAUUUGUGCCGAAUACCCUUCACUUUUAGUCACCUGGACAAAAUUUUAGAUGACUCUGCACACAGAAUCUUGUAUUAUUGUAAGGAAAUGACACUGUUCCUGUCCGCAUGCAACGUCUGUCUGGACCCAAUCAUUUAUUUUUUCAUGUGUCGAUCAUUCUCACGAAGGCUGUUCAGGAAAUCCAACAUGAGAACCAGGAGCGAGAGCAUCAGGUCCCUCCAGAGCGUCAGGAGGUCAGAGGUGCGCAUCUACCACGAGUACACUGACGUCUGAAGGCACCCACAGAGACUCUGCUGACUUGUGAGAGUGCUUGUAUAUCAUGUAAAUAAAAUGUCUCUUUAAUAUGU